AAUCGACGAGUCCGACUUGUCUAAAAUUAAUGCUGCAAAAACUACAACUUUUAACUCAAUAAAAAGCAGACUAAUAGACAAAUAGAGAGGAAGGGUAAAUAGUCCAAGAUGACAACAGCCGCAAGACCAACGUUCAACCCAGCAAAAGGAGGGAGUGGCAAAGGAGAAGGGGAUUUGAGUGCCUUAUCUAAGCAGUAUUCCAGCCGUGAUCUACCAGCACACACCAAGUUAAAAUACAGGCAACCUGGUCAGGACACCGGCGAUGAGAUCCGUGGACGUGACUUUCGCAAGGAUCUAGAGGAUAGAGAACGUGCAGCAAGGGAGAAGAGGAGCGACAGGGGAAGGGAGUCGUCGAGUAGCAGUAGUACUAAGAGACCGAGGUUAGAACAGAUACCAGCUGCUAAUCUAGAUGCUGAUGAUCCCCUUGAUAAUGAGGAUGAAGAUGAUGAUGCAUCUGAUGACAGUGAUGAUGAGACAGCUGAACUUCUUGCUGAACUCAACAAAAUCAAGAAAGAGAGAGCUCAGGAAAGCUCUAGGAAGGAGCAAGAGAAGAAAGUAGAAGAGGAGAGGAUAAGAACAGAAAACAUUCUGAGUGGUAAUCCUCUCAUGUCGGCAUCGCAAAAAGCUGACUUCAAGGUCAAAAGAAGGUGGGAUGAUGAUGUGGUCUUCAAGAAUUGUGCCAGGGGGGAGGACGAUAAGAAGGAGAAGAAGUUCAUCAAUGAUACUCUACGGUCAGAAUUCCAUAAAAGAUUCCUGGAGAAAUACAUUCAUUAACCAAGAAACACAAGGUUGAACUUACAUGCAAUGAACUGGAAAGUGCAUUGAACUUAUUCCCAUGAGACACCUGUUGUAUGGUGCCCAACCACUGUACUCAAGAGAGAACAUGUCUGAUGCUGGAGAACAAAGGAGGUAUGCCACCCAAGAUUUGGUCACCAUUCUCCACUUGGCUGAUGUCCUGGGUCUAUAAUGUGAACAUUGCGAAUGUGCUGCACCUUCGUUGUCUUGGUUGUACAUGUAUACGUUGCUGUGUUGGGUACAGAGCAGUUGCCGACUUGCGAACAACUUGAGGAAUAGACACUCGCGUCUACUGAAGAAGCACAGUUUGGUGUUGCCGAGGGCGAUGAACUUGGGUUGAAGGCUGCUCAUAAUGCCACAAUAAAUCGCUUGUUUUCUAUUUUAUUUAAAUUUUUACCUUUUUUUUAUUUUUUAAGUUGAAUAGCAAGUGGGAACAUGAAAAUGUAGCUGCGUGCAACAAUGUUUCUAUAAGUACUCACUUCUCUUUGUGCUGGAGCAUUCCAUAGAAAAAGCCCUGCAUGAGCAAAGGUUCUUUCCGCCUCAUUUGAGCUUAGGAAGAACAAGAAAAAGAGUUCUUAGAGCGUCAAGAUCUGGAUGGAUUGUAAUGAUUUAUCAAAGUAAUAUUGUAUUGUGGAGCAGAGCCAUGAGUAGCUGGCCAGUUCAGACCUCAAACUUUACAUUUUUUUAGAGGCACCCUUCUGAUAUCAUAAACUUCAGACUUUACUCU